CUCUCAGGAGUCCCAGUGCUCAUUCUGCCUGCCAUGAGGACUCUCUGCUCUCUGCUGCUGAUAGGCUGCCUCCUUUUCUCCUAUGCCACUCCGGUUGCUGGAAUUCUAGGACCUCUUCGAAUACAAACAGAUUAUCAUCGAUGUCUAAGAGAGAAAGGGUUCUGUCUCAAUGCUGUUUGUCCUCGUUCUACCUUGUUUGUGGGUACCUGUUUCCCAUACAAGUUCUACUGUUGCAAGUUUAAAAGAUGAUUGGAAGGAAGCACGUGGGAGUCAAGUAACAGAUGUGUAACUGAUGUUUUAAUAAAGGAAACAUUUUUAAGCUUA